AUGAUUCUUGGGAAUAUUGAACCAACACAACCACGACGACCACCACCAUCACCCAUCACCACCACCCGCCACCCCCACCCCCACCUACUACCCACAGAAACCACCACCCACCACCCACCACCCGCUACCACCGCACCCACCCACCACCCGCCAAAACCACCGCACAACACCAUUACCACCACCCCACCACCCACCAAAACCAUCACCCACCAACCACAACCACUUACCUCCACCACCCACCCACCACCCACCAUUAUGACCACUACACGCCACUACCACCAACCGCCACCACCCAUCACCACCACCCCAAACCACCCACCACUACUCAUCACCACUACCCACAUUCACCACCAAUCACCAUCACCUGGGACAACCACCCCCACCCACCACCCACUAAGACCACCACCAUUAACACUGACCACUACCACCACCCACCUCGACCUAUCACCACCACCCACCUCCAUUACCCAUUAUCACCACCACCUACGACCCACCACUAACCUACACCACUCACCACCUAUCACCACUACCCCACUCAUCACCCAUCAAAACCACCACAACCACCACAUUCCAUUACCAAUACCACUCAUCACCCACCACCAUCACUACCAUACACCACCAUCAAACCCACUAUCAACCAUCACCCAUCACCAGCACCCACCACUACCAACAACCACCACCACCUACCAACAUUACAAACACCUGCCACUACCACCAAACACCAUCCACUAA